AUGGGCGUGAUUGCCCAGAUCGCGAUAGGCGUGCUCGCUAUUACCUUGUUGACCGUAAUAGCCUUUUUUGGUCGAGUCCCUGCUCUACGACACACACCGAUAGCAUGGCUUCAUCGCGUACUCAUGGUCCAUAUACCAAAUGGCAUCUUGUCCCUAGACCAGCGAUUCACCUCAGGCCGCCUCACGUCCUCAUGUUUCCGCUUCGGAAAUAGGAUUAUGUACGGUCGGCACCCGACGGUGCUCAUUUUCUUCUUCCUCCUACUCUCAGUGAGCGAAUACCUCUUCAUGCCCGGCGCCUGGCCGCGGCUCUCACUCUUCCACAAGAUCGCCGGCAGCGUCUCUAUUGUGUUGCCCUACUGGUUCCUCUACUUGUCGGCCUACGGCGACCCGGGCAUCAUCACGACCGCCUCCCACUCCAAGUACAUGAGCCAGUACCCGUACGACUUCUCACUGUUCCACCCAGGACAGAUCUGCCGCACCUGCCAACUCAUCAAGCCGGCGCGGUCCAAGCACUGCGCCGUCUGCAACCGCUGCGUCGCCAAGAUGGACCACCACUGCAUCUUUAUAAAUAACUGCGUCGGCUACGGCAACCACGCCCACUUCAUCCUUCUACUAUUCACCACCGCGGUUCUGAUCUCCUACGGCGCCAUACUCGGCCUGAGCCUGAUCUCCGAGACGAUCCACGGCCGGCAUCCGGGGUGGAAGCUCUGGAAACCACGCAGCUUCACCUGGCACGACUACCUGGUACUCCUGACGUUCGGAAUUCAGGAAGACGUGGGUAUAGGCAGCGUAUCAAUGCUCGCAAUGAUGACGAGUCCGCUCGUGUGGGGAUUAUUGGGUUAUCAACUCUAUUUGAUCUACUGCGGGACCACCACCAACGAGAGCAUGAAGUGGCAGGAUUGGAAGGCUGAGAUGGACGACGGGUUUGCUUUUAAGCGCGCCAUGGCCAGCGACAGGGUUAAGGACCCGCGCUGGGAGGCGCAGUGGACGAGAUGGCCCGUCGAGUCUGUGCAAUCGCUAGUGAGGACGGAGGAUGGCAGGCCGCCGCCUAACAACGAGGGGCCGGGUAUUGGGGAGUGGGAGCGUGUUUGGAAUUUGAAGGAUGUGGAAAAUUUGUACGACCUGGGGGUUUGGGACAACAUGGUCGAUGUAUUCGUCCCGGGAUAUUCUUUCCGGGAUGCGAUAGUUACUGACGAAGAAAGGGGUAGACGGAGCAAGAAGUCGAAGGAGACGAGGGCUAGCAAAGUGAUAGAUGCUGUCACUUAG